UGGGAGGAAAGCUAAGAGAUCCUCUAUAGGAGGGGGUCACAGUAGCUAGGGGCACCUUCCAGGCUGGAGGUGUGGGCUAUCUAGUGGGAGGGGUGGUCACUGAUGUCUACCAGGAGUCCUUGAUAGGUAGAGCCCACCACAGCAUCCCUAAGAACUCACCAUGUUCCUCUUCUCCCGUAAGACCAAGACCCCCAUCAGUACCUACAGUGACUCCUACAGGGCUCCCACCUCCAUCAAGGAGGUCUAUAAGGACCCACCUCUGUGGGCCUGGGAGGCCAACAAGUUUGUGACCCGGGGUCUGACUCAGACUAUGGAGCGCCAUGUGGACCCUGAAGCCCUGCAGAAGAUGAUCAAAUGUGCUACCCAAGACUAUGGCUAUAAAAGUUCCAUAUCAGGUCAUCCUUACUUUCCUGAGAAGUACUGGCUGUCUCAAGAGGAAGAAGACAAAUGCCUCUCGAGCUACAUGGACAAUGACCGGUGCAGCACAUGGAGGACAGAACCUUACAACUGUGCCUACUGGAAUAAGUAUACCACCUGCCUUCCCCGACUGCCUAAGGAGGCUGGGAUGGAGACUGUAGUUCGAGGAAUGCCGUUGGAGUGCCCCUCUAAGCCGGAGCGCCUCAAUGCUUAUGAGCGCGAAGUGGUGGUGAACAUGCUAAACUCGCUGUCUCGGAAACAGCCGCUGCCUCAGAUCACUCCCCGUUGCGGGUGCCUGGAUCCGCUCCCAGGCCGCCUGCCUUACCAAGGUUACCGAAGUGCUUGCUCCGGCCGCCACUACUGUCUGCGUGGAUUGAACUGCUACUCCGUUGGGGACCCUUGCACCGAUCGCCGCCUGCGGCCUGUGUGCCCGGAGCUUCCGAGUGUAAGGGGUGUUUCGCCCUACGACCACCGGCCCGGAAUGCAAUGUGUUGUUACAACUCCCCCGCCGUCUUUCUACCCUUGUCCGAACCUUAGAGUCCUACAGGUGAGGUUCAGAUGGGCUUGGUCAAGUGGACCAACUACCAGCUCCUUCCUUAGCUGGAGGCUGAUGCCCCAGAACCUUCAAGAGAAGAGCCAGGCCUACCCCCGCCGCCGCCCUAGUCACCACACAGGCCAUAAAAGCUCUGAGGCUGUCGAAGCAACGGCCAUGUACACUUUCCUGCCCGACAACUUCUCUCCCUCCAAGCCCAAGCCGUCCAAAGAAUUGAGGCCACUACUGGGCUCCGCGGUGCUGGGGCUGCUGCUGGUGUUGGCCGCAGUAGUGGCCUGGUGCUACUAUAGUGCUUCCUUACGCAAAGCAGAACGCCUUCGCGCAGAGCUGCUAGACCUCAACCGUGGCGGCUUCUCCAUCCGAAACCAGAAGGGCGAGCAAGUCUUCCGUUUAGCCUUCCGUUCUGGAGCACUGGACCUCGACUCCUGCAGCCGCGAUGGCGCCCUGCUUGGCUGCUCUCGCACGGCGGAUGGGCGCCCACUACACUUCUUCAUCCAGACUGUGAGGCCCAAGGACACCGUCAUGUGCUAUCGCGUGCGCUGGGAGGAAGCAGCCCCGGGACGUGCGGUAGAGCAUGCCAUGUUCCUGGGCGAUGAGGCUGCUCAUUGGUAUGGAGGUGCUGAGAUGAGGACACAACACUGGCCCAUCCGUCUGGACGGCCAUCUGGAGCCGCAGCCAUUUGUCACUAGCGAUGUCUACUCUUCUGACGCCGCAUUUGGGGGCAUACUUGAGCGCUAUUGGCUAUCAUCUCGCGCAGCUGCCAUCAAAGUCAACGACUCGGUGCCUUUCCACCUGGGCUGGAAUAGCACGGAGCGUUCGAUGCGGCUCCAGGCACGCUACCACGACACGCCUUACAAAUCGCCUGCCGGACGCACCGCAGCACCAGAGCUCAGCUACAGGGUAUGCGUCGGCUCAGACGUCACUUCCAUCCACAAGUACAUGGUGCGGCGUUACUUCAACAAACCAUCGAGGGUGCCAGCGCCCGAGGCCUUCAGAGACCCUAUCUGGUCCACGUGGGCGCUCUAUGGGCGUGCUGUGGACCAGGAUAAGGUGCUGCGUUUUGCUCAGCAGAUCCGCCAGCACCGCUUCAAUAGCAGCCACCUGGAAAUUGACGACAUGUACACACCGGCCUACGGCGACUUCGAAUUCGACGAGGCCAAAUUCCCCAACGCCAGUGACAUGUUCCGCCGCCUGCGAGACGCUGGCUUCCGUGUCACACUCUGGGUGCACCCAUUUGUCAACUACAACUCCUCACGUUUUGGCGAGGGCGUGGAGCGUGAGCUGUUCGUGCGCGAACCCACAGGCAGGCUGCCAGCGCUUGUGCGAUGGUGGAAUGGCAUUGGCGCGGUGCUCGACUUCACGCGCCCAGAGGCCCGCGACUGGUUUCAGGGACACCUGAGACGCCUGCGUUCGCGCUACGCUGUGGCCUCCUUUAAAUUCGACGCGGGUGAAGUCAGCUACCUGCCGCGCGACUUUAGCACCUAUAGAUCGCUGCCUGACCCCAGCGUGUGGAGCCGGCGCUACACUGAAAUGGCUCUGCCUUUCUUCUCACUGGCCGAGGUCCGUGUGGGCUACCAGUCACAGAACAUCUCUUGCUUCUUCCGCCUGGUGGACCGCGACUCGGUGUGGGGCUAUGAUUUGGGGCUGCGCUCGCUCAUCCCAGCGGUGCUCACCGUCAGCAUGCUGGGCUACCCAUUCAUCCUGCCGGAUAUGGUGGGUGGCAACGCAGUCCCUGAGCGCUCAGCUGGCGGCAGAGAUGGACCGGAGCGCGAGCUUUACGUGCGCUGGUUGGAGGUGGCCGCUUUCAUGCCAGCCAUGCAGUUUUCAAUCCCGCCCUGGCAAUAUGACGCAGAAGUGGUGGCCAUUGCACACAAGUUCGCUGCGCUGCGGGCCUCGCUUGUGGCACCACUGUUGCUGGAACUCGCCGGUGAGGUCACGGACACUGGCGACCCCAUAGUGCGCCCCCUUUGGUGGAUCGCGCCCGGCGACGAAACAGCUCACCGCAUUGACUCUCAGUUCCUUAUCGGGGACACACUGCUAGUGGCGCCGGUGUUGGAGCCAGGCAAGCAGGAGCGCGACGUCUACCUGCCUGCUGGCAAGUGGCGCAGCUACAAGGGCGAGCUUUUCGACAAGACGCCAGUGCUGCUCACUGAUUACCCCGUCGACCUGGACGAGGUUGCCUACUUCACCUGGGCGUCCUGAUUCAGCCCAAGGCCCAGGAACCCCACAGCUCUAACCCUAGCUUUCAUACAGAUUUUUAACUCCAUCACACCCGAACAUACAUCUCUGGAGAUCUCCACCUCUGUAAUACCCAUUAUGUGGGUGUUGAACUAAAUGUGUUGGAGCCAACUGCUGUAGGUGGGACCGAAGCAGGGGACAUCAAAGCAACCUCUGGCACCAAUGCACAAUCCUAAUAGCUCCCUUAACCUCCAGACUUACUCCAGUUUACAAAAACCUCUUUCCUGAGGUGGAGUCAGAGCUCAGAGGAGAAAGAUUGGUUUUUUUUGUUUGUUUGUUUGUUUGUUUGUUACUUAUGGUCCGGUUUUAAAAGCACAAAGAGAAACCUCUCCCCUCCAUCCUGGCCUUCAUGGCCAUCUUUGUCCUCCUAAAAGUCCCCCAAAUAUUCCCUGCCACACUCAGAAAGUGUACAUUCUUGGUGUUAGAAGCCAGGCCCUGAGUUCACAGCACAUAUCUGAACUGUGGCUGACUUGGUUCUACUCCAGCUGGGGAGAAGAGUCAGGUGUUUCAACAAUUGAAAAGGAGACAGGAGGUUCCCUCCUAGGGAACAGAAGGCCUAGCCUAGAGUCACCACUUUUGUCCCUGUUUGUGAAGAGACUCCUAAUAUUGCACUAACCCAUCUGUGUACACACAUGGGCUCAGUCACUGGCUAUAAAUGCUUGAUGGGCACAGACUCCAGGGCCAUGCAGACCACACUUAGUGCCUUAACUCAAGAACUCUGUGUGUGUAUAUAUGUGUGUGUGUGUGUGUUUGUGUGUGUGUGUGUGAGAGAGAGAGAGAGAGAGAGAAUAGCACACACCAUGGGUCCCUGAAUCCACAGAAUAAACACAAUAUCCCUGAAGCUAGAUAAGCCUGGAGGAAGGGGUCAAGGGGCAAAUUUGAGGCUUUGAUUGUUGACCUGGCCUCCUCCCAGGUGGUUUCCCUGGACUCUGGUAGGAAAUAAACAACUCUUUUAACUAUUCCUUUGGUAUCUCACUCUGCACAUGUGGCAGGAGUGUGACCUAAAAGUGAGCAGUGUUCUUAUUCUGGCAGUGGUAUGCUUUGGCACUGGAGCCGCAUGCACACAGUGACACCUGCCAAUACACAUACAGGAUAAGUAAGGUCUUUCAUCUCAGUCAUUUUUCCUUUUUGAGAAGAUAAAUCUCAGCCAGAGUUUUUCCUGACUUUGUAGCUGACUGUUGGGAAGGAGUGGCUUGUCAAAGGAGAGAUGUGGGAAAGCAGAGUGGAGCUCAGUUUUCCUCAACAGCUCUGACAGCAGAACUAGUGUCCCACCCCCUAGAGAAUUCUUCCCUUCACCCACCUCUCUAUCCCCUUUCUUUUCUUUAAAAAAAUAAAAUUUUUUUUUGCAGUCAUAUAUGGUGCUGAGGAUUGAACCCAGUGCCUCACGCAUGCUAGGCAAGUGCUCUGCCACUGAGCUACAGCCCUGGCCCCUCCUCUUUAUUUUUUUAGUGUGCAAAAUACCUGUCAAAGGCCUUGGGUCCUUCACAGAUGCACAUCUCCAGUGCCGAUUAUAUCACUUACUCAUCAAUCAGCUGUGUGAUCUUAAACAAGCUGCUUAAACUUAUCUCAGUUUCCUCAUACAUAAAAAGUGAUAAUGAUGCCUACCUCUGAGAUCAUUGUGAGAUUUAUAAGCACAGACUAUGUAAAGUGCCUGGCACAAAGUAGGUGCUCAAUAAAAGGUAGCUAUUAUAAUA